AUGAAGACAACGGGCGUGGAUAUCGAAGAGAUAUUCACCGGAUUGGACCGUAUUCGCCUGCAAUACGGACUGCCGGUCUGGCAUGCUGAAGCUCAUGACCCCAAAUGUCGAAUUCAGUUUGCGCUUAGGUACUUGUUGGGUGUUGGAAAGACGGAUGGGGAAAGCACCGAGCGUUUGUGGAGCCUACUCAAUCCCGCAAGUUGGUCGACAAAGGAAAUGGGAGAAGGCGCCCGUCAUGAUGUCCUGGAGGACAAGAUCGACCUGAUUAAUUUUGAGAAAAACAGGAGCAUGGGGCGGACACUUGCAAGACGUUUGAUUGUUGCUGUAGCAGAGCGUCAAAGGCAGGGCAUUGAAUUCCAGGAGCUGGACGACAGCGUUCCUAAAAAAAAACGACGUGAAUGGGCCAAGAUGAUGGAUGCCUGGUAUAAGGAUAACACCCAGACGAAUCCAUUUGAAGUCCAGGGUGGGAAGCUCGCCGGGCCUAGUGAACGAAAUAAGUGA